CUGCGGCACCGUCCAUGACUGCGCACAGCAUCCCGGGAGUAUGGUGAUUGUGUCAGUGUUGUUUCUUUUGAAGGCACUUCAGAUGUGUACUUCAGAAUGUUGUUACGAUAAUUGCGGAUGCAGCUGCCACCUCUGAACGGUUGAUUUGUUUGUGAGUCCUCCCAACAUGGGGCACCCUACCUCUUUCGGACAGCCGUCGUGUCUUGUCUGGCUAGCUGCGGCAUUCCUUGUUCUGGGGCUUUGCCUCGUCCAGCAAGGCGCUGGCAUACAGCGGCCUCACCAGUGGAAGAGCUCGGAAGCCGCUUUGAGUGUCAGUCCGGCGGGAGACAUCGUGGACAAGUAUUCUCAUGAUUCCACUGAAGGAGAGAACACUGUCUCAGAGGGGGAAGCUGAGGGCAGUCGGGGGGGUUCAUGGCUGGAGCAGGAGGGGGUUGAAUUAAGGCCGCCUUUACUGGACAGCCAGACAGGAACCUCGACCGCGUCCCCCACAGGCUUCAGAAGGUUCCUCAGGCAUUUGCGUUUUUGGCGUCGUGGGAGUACACGCGGAUCCGAUGAUGCAGCAGAAGUUUCCAGGAGGACUCGGGUUCCGCUGCAUACCCGUCUGCUUCAGCAUUUGCGGCGGGUUGGAAGAUUUUUCCGACAUGGCAUUCCAGCGGCAGCUGGCAGAUUUUUCAGGCGAGUUUGGCCGGAGCGUCCACAACCCGUUUUCACUGAAGGUGAUCCUCCGGAUCUCGAGACGAAUUCCUUGUAUUAUCGUGACAAGGUUCCAGGAGAGGUGAUAAUCCGGGAGGUUCUUGGCAAGGUGGCGGGGUUCGGACCAACGUCCGGGCAUGGUGUGUUUGCCGCAUAUGAAAACGCAUUCUCGGAAAUGCUGUGGGCGGAAGGUGGGGCUGUCACAGUGAUUUCUGAAUUGGGCCGGCCCGGGAGACAGCUCGUCAGGGGUAACCUAAUCAACAUUGUUGAUGGAGGAUUGCUGUUUCAAGCGACAGACCAAGCGACAGGAGAACCGAUGACUGUACUGGUUGGCAGUACUUGGAACAAACCGUCUGGGAAGGACUUAGAUAAGCUGCGGCACCAAGCACUAGCUAUUGGGUUGUUUCAAAAGGUGAAGAACCCAUAUCUAGCUAACAGGUAUCUAAGAUUUCUGGCCCCGUUCGAUUUGGUGACGAUCCCGGGGAAGCCAUUAGUUCAGAAAGCUAAGUCACAUAAUGAGGUUGGCUGGGUCAUAAAUCUGUUGUUACUGCUUCCUGCAAUUGAGAUCGAUAUGGGAAGGUUUGUCGAGGAGCUGUACGAGCUUCCAACAGAGGACCGCCCCCUAGCUGAUGCCGCUCGAUUGUAUCUUACUGUUCAGGCGGUGAGGCUGGUAGCUCACCUCCAAGACGAAGGAGUGGUGCACGGGAAGAUAUUGCCUGAUUCGUUUUGUUUGAAGCGUGAGGGGGGCCUGUACUUGCGUGACUUUGGCUCUCUGGUGAGAGCGGGCACAAAAGUGGUGGCUGAAAAUGCUCAAGGCUUUUCGCCGCCGGAAGUUCGUGGAUCCCGCGGAGGACUUCUUUUUGGUCCACGCAAGACCCAGAUGACACACGGAAUGGAUGCGUGGGGGUUGGGAGCGACUAUAUUUUUUAUUUGGUGCUUUAAAGCUCCAACUACAGGACCUGAAGAGGAAUACUCCAUCGAAUUCUUGUUCUCAUUGUGCCGGCGGGCACCAGAGAACGUGAAACUCCUGGUUUACAAGUUGAUUAACCCUUCUGUCGAGGCCCGCCUGCUCGCCUUGCAAGCGACGGAGACUCCGGAAUACAGGGAGAUGGAAGAACAGCUGUCCGCUGCUUCGCGCCUGUACUCAGGUGAUGGGACGUUGACAGGGGGAGACGAUGACAUGCCACCACCGGAAACGUGAAGGGGCAGAAGGUGGGGAUGGAGCGGAGAGGACUCUGGAUUAGGACGUUUGAAGGGAGGCCGUCCUGGCGCCUGAAUUUGCUGAGGUUUCAUGUGACGAAACAAUCGUGUUUUUGUGGAUCAUUUUGGUCACAUCGUUCAAAUGUGUUUUGUGGACGAAGCGGGGGUGCAGGUGGUAGAAGUGGUAGAGAGACGUGAAGAGAGAAGAGAGGUGCUUCUUUGCAGAAGUCGUGUAGUGGUGUGAUGAGCCGCUGCGCCCGCUGUAUCGCGUCGUCGACGCGGCGGGCAAAGAUGAAGCUGAAGGACGAUUUCUCUGUCCCCUACGUCCCCAUAGUGCAUCACCCCCAGGUAUUUUUCGUUUGUUUGUGUCUAUAGUUUGCAGUUUUGGUAGCUACCAUGCAUGUGGAGGUUGUAGAGUAUGAAACAUCCAUGGUUUUCCGGCGAGUCACACCUUUACACUGACAGUUGCUUCUGGGGAAGCCUAAGACAAUUGCCAUCUCUUGGCCAGCGACGGAAGUGUCAGCAAGGCAAAACCUAAGUGAGACCCCUGUUGUCCUCUUUGAGGCAGCUGUGCGUCUGUUGAACCCGCCAGGUGUCUCGGUAUCUCCGUGAAAAUGGAGAACUCGACUCGCGAGAGCAGCUCCGGUGGAAGUG